AUGGCGCCUAAAGUAGAGCCGGCAGGACAAGCAGGCCAGAAGCGCAAAGGAAACCCGAUAGAUGGAGGAGGCUGGCGCAACAAGCGACAAAAGACGCAACGCGACGCUCGCACUCUAGCGGUGCAGACAAGCUCCAAGGCCUUCAAAAAUGGAGAGCUCGACGUGGGAGCCUUUGUCAAGGCGCGCGAGUAUGAGAUCCGAGCACUCGAAGAGGGCAUGGCGCGGGCCAGAAAGGGCCUCACACAACGAGCCUUUCAACAAGUGCCCAAGGAUCUAAGACGUAGGACGGCCAGUCACAAUGCGAAGAGGGUACCCAAGAGACUGCGCCACAACACGCCAACCGUAACAUCGCGUCGUCGUAAACCCAGUGGCCACAUGCGGCUUCGCAUGGAUACCGUCAACCGUUUACGAAGCCUCGGCCGCAAGAAGACGCUGUCGCCUGACCAGGGCAUUGUCGCCAGGUCGCUGCAGCCCAAGAAGAACAAGCUCGCGUCCCCUCCUGUGCCCAAGGCAAAGUAUCGGAAACGUCAACUUCACAAGACGUGGUUGCCCACACACAUGUUUCAUGCAAAACGAGCCCACAUGACUCCUCCGUCUCAGGCCCUUUGGCGUUUUGCCUUGCCAUUGACAUCAACUGUCAAAAGCUAUCGCCCCACUCAUCGUGCGAGUAAAGACCGUGGAGCCAUUGCUUGGGACACAAGCUACAUGUCUACAGUCUCCGUACACGGUAACGAGCAGAGUAUGACCUCUCUUCUUCGUGCUCUGGGAGUUGGCUCAUCCGAUGCCGCCUGGACGAAAAGAGGCCAGAGGUGGAGACAAGGUUCUCGUAUAUGGCAAGGUUGGCUUUAUGAGCGUGACAUGUUUCCAACUCGCCCCAUUGCUCCUGCCACAAUUGUUUGGCGUCCAGAACAAGACUCCCCUGCAAAACAGCGUCAGAUUCUCAUUCGUCUUCACCCGUCGGCCUUCUCUCAGCUCUGGGACCAGCUCAUCCGACUGGCCAAGAUUCAGAAACCCCAAUUGACCAUCGAAGACUUGCGAUUCGAGAUUGGAAGCAUCGAGAUUGUCGGUCCCGCUUCGACCGAAGCUCUUACAAGUGCUCUUUGUCCUGCACAUACUAGCCGAGGAGACAAGGUAACCGUCGAACAAACAUGGCCAUUGUUGGCAGGCAUCCAAAACCCAUCGACUUUGCCUGCAAGUGCCCUUCUCGCUUUCGAUAUAACCGAUCCGCGACUGCAUCACCCUCCGCAAACUGCACCUCGCGGCACCGGGACGCAAGAUUCUCAACUUCUCGAAUUGCUAACGGAAUGGCCUUUUGAUGCUGCACAAAUGACGCCAGGUAUCUUCGAUCGUGCAAGAAGACUAGCAUCUUGCCGCGCUUUGCAGAGUCAANAAACUAUCAACCGACGCAAAUCCGCCGCCACGCCAGUUCCUGCUGUUUGGCAAAGUCUCAUGUAUUAUCCCAUUUCGACUGGCGGACAAGUGAGAAUGGGAGGCUUGAAUGAGCAACGCCAAGUUGCCUUUGAGACUGGCGUACCUUGGUUUCCUGGCGACUUCCCAGGCACCAAAGCGGGUGAUCUCUGGGAGGCUUCGGAGAGUGCGAAAAGAAAGGCGCAAUGGGAAGCAAAGCCCAAAGGCAAGAGGGUCGAAUGGGACAGUGUUUCAUUGGGUCCUGGCAGAAAAGGCGAAGAUGGUAAUGGAUGGGCCUGCGAUUGGGCCUACUGCUCUGGAAUUACCACAGACCAAGCGAAAGAGGUUGCUACAUCGGAGAUCCAUCACAUUGCUCCGAGCCUUGCUCAAAGUGUCAUUGCUGGCCAGGCCACGUCCAUCGAACAUCUACCUCAGGCUGUUUUGACAAUCCGCAUCACGUUACUUGGACGUGGAACCNCCGAGCCUUGCGCACGAAUCUAUCGCUUGCCAACUGCGUGUGGCCCAGAGAAGACGACACUGCGCGACCAGUGGCUUGCUCUCGACCCGGCUCGGUCAGAUUCAUGUGUCCAANAGAAGAAGCGCCAACGAAGCCUGCCAUCGUCUGUAUUCAAGUCAACUUCUCCGGCCGACAUACAGCAGCGAUUGGCUGCAGACUUGUUGGAGCCUCCACAACUAAACAAGCACGACUGCUGCCCACCACUUCCUGGCAGAGAAGACCUCAUUGGUUUUGUCACAAAGGGCGAGUUCAGCCUGACGGAAGGCAGAGGUGUUGCCAUUGGCAGUGUCUUUGUCCAAAGUUGA